AAACGCAAGCAAAAGAAAUCAUGUCGGAAGCAGAACUCCAAGAAACCAAUGGCACCAGCGAAGUACCAGAAAUUGAAUUGAUUAUUAAGGCUUCCACAAUCGAUGGCCGUCGCAAGGGAGCAUGUCUAUUCUGUCAAGAAUACUUUAUGGACUUGUAUCUUUUGGCCGAAUUGAAGACAAUCAGCCUAAAAGUGACCACAGUUGAUAUGCAAAAACCACCACCAGAUUUUCGCACGAAUUUCGAGGCAACUCAUCCGCCAAUUCUAAUUGACAACGGUUUGGCCAUUUUGGAAAAUGACAAAAUCGAACGGCACAUCAUGAAAAGUAUCCCUGGUGGAUAUAAUCUUUUUGUACAGGACAAGGAAGUUGCCACAUUAAUUGAAAAUCUAUACGUUAAACUAAAGUUGAUGUUGGUAAAGAAGGAUGAAGCUAAAAACAAUGCCUUAUUAUCACAUUUGAAGAAAAUCAACGAUCAUCUGGCCAAUCGUAAUACACGUUUCCUAACUGGUGACACCAUGUGCUGUUUCGAUUGUGAAUUAAUGCCACGUCUGCAACACAUUCGAGUGGCUGGAAAAUAUUUCGUCGAUUUUGAAAUACCCACUCACUACACCGCUCUGUGGCGAUACAUGUAUCAUAUGUAUCAAUUGGAUGCCUUCACCCAAUCAUGUCCGGCCGAUCAGGAUAUCAUCAAUCACUACAAAUUGCAACAAAUGUUGAAAAUGAAGAAACACGAAGAGUUGGAAACACCCACAUUCACCACAUCCAUUCCAAUCGAUAUUUCCGAAUAAGAG